AUGUUCUCCUCUGUUCAGAUGCACCACCCGGUGCAUCCAUCCCACCAUCUCGACUCCCAUCUCGACUCUUCGUCGCCCUUUCAGCUAGAUCGCAAGCAGGACCGUCAUUCCUUUCAACAUUAUACUCGUACUGCUUCUAGACUGUCUGAACCUUCGCUAGGUUUUGGCGUUGCCUCUGCGCACAACGCUUUCCCCAUUCGUUCAUCGCAGCCCUCGUUGCCGAUGCAUCCGCGAUCCAACGCCUUUAUGAUGCCAUCUCACCUAUCCGACCACGACGAACAUCAGCUUAGACGCAAAACGCCAAAUGGCACGAUAGAUGCCGGAUACGAUGGCAACCCUGCCCAGCUCGCCUCGGGGCCUCCACCCUUGAAGCAUAUGAUCUUGCCUACCUCGUCUAGCCUUAUGCCUACUGCGGUUUAUCCCCAUCAAGACCACCAUGCAAUUAAAUAUCAUCUUAAACCCUCAGUCGAUGAUUGGUCACUCCAACCACUCCCGCUCUUCAAUAUUCCAGAUCAUGGCGGUCUCCCUGUCGAUUCCAACUCGUUAGCGUUCGCAAGCACUUGGCGGCGAGGACUUGUUAACGAUACUCGUGCUCGCAUGGCCGUUGAUGCUACUCCUAAUGGAAUGCCAACGGCUGCCUAUCCUUAUAAUAAUGGGCUUAACAUACCAACAGCUCUGCAACCUAUAUACCAACACUCUCCAGGGCCAGCUAUAUUUGAUAAUAGUGCAUUGCUUACACCUUCAGCUUGGCCUGAGACCAACGUGCCUACUUAUCAUCGAAGUGCGCAUCCAGGCAGUUUGAAUUACCACACUUUAAAUUAUUCUCCUAUGUCUCAUAUCCGUUCAUCCAAUGCCUUCAUGCCGGCUAGGACUCCUUUCAACACAAUGGCUCAUUAUGGAGAGAGCUCGGCAGGCCUACAUACACCUUCCCAGGGGUUAGAAUCUCUUACACUUGAACCUACCCAAUAUGGGAGACCUAGACCCGAGUUGAAUGAGAAUUCCACCCCUACGAUGUUUAGAGAAAAGGCUCUUGCAAACGCCCACCGGUCGUAUAUUGAGCUUCUGGCUUAUCUGCACUAUAGCAAGAAAAAUCAAGGUCGUUCAGCUCAAGACACUAGGUCUUCUAAGAUGGUUAUAUUCCCCAAGUUGCCAAGGCCUCCAAACCAUCCUAAUUGUGUCCUUAGCCGGCGUCGUUCUAGAGACACACACGGUUAUAGGAACUACGACAAUGGUGGUGGUAACCAUGUGCUCGCCCCCCAAACUGAUGGAUCGUCAGAAUUAUAUGGUCAGCAAAUCAUGAAGCAUCAAAUACGAAGUGAUGAAACCCCCCGUCCAGCUUUCUAUUAUCCAUUAAACGGCGACGCGUCAGGAUACCCUGAUGCAGACUCUGAGCGAGGGAGAAUACCAGUCAAGCCCCUGUCUAGUGCCAAGGCCGCUGUUGAGAUGUUGACUCAUUUGUGUGAACAAAGCGGUUGGAAAUGGGUCGACGGUAUGUUGCUUGGUGGCUGUUUACAUUACGGCCUUGAACAUUACGAGCAAUCAUUGGAGUGGUUCCAGAGGAUCAUCUCUCUAGAUGAGACUCAUGUUGAGGCAGUUUCAAACGUCGCGGCAACUCUAUAUUGCCUGAAUAGACACGAGGAGGCCGAACGGCAGUGGUUACGGGCCGUCCAUUUACGGCCCAGCUAUCUCGAAGCUGUCGAGCAUCUUGUCGGACUUCUAUGUUCUAACCAUAGGAGUAAGGAAGCUGUUGAUAUAAUUAACUUCGUUCAACAAUCACUCCGUUAUCCCGGUCGAGAUGGUUGCGAUAUUAGUCCUGAUACGGGUAGCGGACUUAGUAAUCCCGUGUACAGCGAAGCCAAGCUGCAUCCACAUCAACGCUGUGAGCCAAUACACAGUGACGAUGGUGUAGAGGAGUCGAGAUCACCUGGCUUUGGUUCAAGCGGUUAUCGUGUCAGCGGUAACGAGAAUGGUCGCAUAAUAGCUUUGAUUCACGCUAAAGGAAAUAUGCUAUAUGCAUUGAAAGACAUCGACCAGGCUUCUGAAGCAUUUGAAGAGGCCGUGCUUAUCAGUGCUGGGAGAAAGCUUAAAUGUAUUAAUUCAUUAAUACGCAGAAUACAAUCUGUCCUAUCUCCCACGGAUAUAUCCGGGUCAUCUAGACGAGGUAGCCUCCGCACGCUACCUGUGGGGCCACUACUUCUUCCCCCCGAAAAGGCAAGGCAUACCGCACAGUUGGUCUUUGCAGCCCACGGCGAGCUCCCUGGAUUACGGUUUGUGCCGGAUGGUGCGCCGAAAAGGUCGGCAAUCUCCACUACCAGCAACUCUCUACUUUCGUUGGCAAAAAUAUUUCAAGAUGCCAUGUCAAAUGGAGGAUCCUUCCCAAAGCUUUUACGGCAGCCUUCUGGAAUUGGGGAUAUUCUAGCGCUCUACUAUCUAUCCCUGUCACUCUCGGAGAGCCCUUCAACAGCAAACAAUGUAGGGAUUUUGCUAGCUAGCGUUCAACACACCAGUCCCGCCUCGCAAUUACAGAUUUUGGAGAGCCCGAGCAUACCGCCGAUACCCGGGAUUGCUCCUGGCAGCGGUCUUGCACUAGCUCUUGCUUAUUAUAACUACGGCCUGAGCUUAGACUCCAAGCACGUUCAUCUCCAUACAAAUCUCGGGAGUCUGCUAAAGGAUAUCGGCCAACUUGACCUGGCAAUACAAAUGUAUGAGCAGGCCGUCGCCUGUGAUGGCAGUUUUGAUAUUGCCCUUACAAAUCUUGCCAAUGCUGUUAAGGAUCGUGGGCGCAUCAGUGAUGCUAUUAUGUAUUACAGGCGUGCCGUCAACUCUAAUCCUGAAUUCGCGGAAGCGGUGUGUGGUCUUUCUACCGCUCUCAACUCGGUCUGUGAUUGGAGCGGCCGUGGUGGUGUACUUCUCCACGGUGGAGCAUACGACCGUUGGCAUGUCGACGACAAGGGAAUGCUUCGGGAUGUCAAGAAUGAAGAGUCUGGUAGCGGCUUGAUGAAGAAAGUCGUUGAUAUCGUCUCGAAGCAGCUUUUAGAGUCGUGUCAUUGGGGCGCCGGGAUCUUACAAAAUGGAGCCCUCGAGCUGCUGGUUUCACAGGUCGAAUUUUUAGCAGCCGGGGGGACACGACGAAGUUCAGAUAUUGAGGAUGCAUUGCGUAGAUGGGCAGGCCAGCCGUGGGAAGGUUCGAAAAUCCUCCGUCUCGUGGAGCGCUCAAUGAAGACGAUGAUGCGUCGUUGGUACUUAGAUAAGUACAUUCACAACCGCGCAUCGCAGUCAGGAUACCCUCGGCUUAAGCUGCCAGCGUCCCUGGCUGUACCAGCAGCACCAACUGUUCUUCCUUUCCAUACCUUCACUUGUCCAUUGACGGCCAAGGACGUACGCAUGAUUUCCCAGCGGAAUGCCGCUAGGAUAUCAUGUUCUACUCUUAAGUCGCCGUGGCUUCCCAAUUCCGUGUAUGCGCCGCCUCCUCCGCCUAACCCACACCUCAAUAUCGGAUACGUAUCUUCAGACUUCAAUAAUCAUCCUCUCGCUCACUUAAUGCAAUCCGUAUUCGGAUUUCACAAUCCGUCACGAGCCAAGGCUUUCUGUUAUGCUACUACCGCAAGCGAUAAAUCGGCCCAUCGGUUGCAAAUAGAACGUGAGGCACCUGUAUUUCGCGAUGUGAGCAGUUGGCCUUCAGAGAAGCUUGUGGAACAGAUUGUGAAAGAUGAGAUCCAUAUCCUUAUCAACCUAAACGGCUACACCCGAGGCGCCAGGAACGAAAUAUUCGCAGCUCGGCCAGCACCAAUACAGAUGUCUUUCAUGGGAUUCGCAGGUACGCUCGGUGCUGAAUGGUGUGAUUACAUCUUAGCCGAUAGGACCGCCAUUCCUCCAUCCACACUACGACCCAUGAGAAGCAACAUAGAAUUAGAAGACGUUUUUCGGGACGACGAGUUUAGCGAAACCGGUGACUGGAUGUAUUCCGAAAACAUUAUCUUCUGUCGUGAUACGUUCUUCUGCUGUGAUCAUGCGCAAUCGUGCGACCUAGCCGAAAGGACUAUGACAUGGGCAGAUGAACAACGACGUCGAUGGAAAAUGCGCAAGGAACUUUUUCCAAAUCUCUCGGAUGAUACUAUUAUACUUGGCAAUUUUAACCAGUUGUACAAGAUUGACCCUUCUACCUUUCGUACGUGGUUGCGUAUACUCUCCAACGUCCCUAAAGCCAUACUAUGGCUUCUCAGGUUCCCCGAGCUCGGCGAGAACAAUCUGAAGAAAACAGCUAAAGCCUGGGCCGGCGAAGACGUGGCAAAUCGUAUCAUUUUUACGGACGUGGCGCCGAAGCAGCAGCACAUUUCACGGGCGCGCGUUUGCGACCUCUUCCUAGAUACACCAGAGUGCAAUGCGCACACAACGGCUGCAGAUGUCCUGUGGUCGAGCACCCCAUUAUUGACUUUGCCGAGAUAUCCGUAUAAGAUGUGUUCUCGCAUGGCAGCGUCAAUUCUUAGAGGAGCGUUACCAAAGACACCUGCCGGAGAGGAAGUUGCUCGAGAGCUCAUCGCCGGAAGCGAUACCGAUUACGAAGCACUUGCAACUAAUCUUGCGGGAAGUCUGACUUAUCGAUAUGUAAAUGGGGAGUACUGCGAAGGGAGUGGACGAUUGGCCGAAAUGCGAAAGAUUCUUUUCGAAGCAAAGUGGAAAUGUGCACUAUUCAAUACGCGCAGAUGGGUGUCUGAUUUAGAGUGGGCGUAUGAAGAGGCAUGGCGGCGUUGGGUGGCCGGGGAAAGUGGCGACAUCUAUCUUCCUAUAGAGCAACAGUGA